CUCUUCAGACCUCAGAGGGAAAAUAUCAGGCAAAGGAAGGGAGAGAGGGAGAAGGGAAAGUGAGGAGGGGAGAGAGAGAGAGAAAGAGGAAAGAUGGCUAGUGAAUUCAAAAAGAAAGCGUUCUGGAGGGCAGUGGUGGCUGAGUUCCUUGCCAUGACCCUUUUUAUUUUUAUCAGCAUUGGCUCAGCUCUGGGUUUUAACUUCCCUGUUGUGGGCAACAAAACGUCAACGAGGUCUCAGGACAAUGUGAAAGUUUCGCUGGCUUUUGGGUUAUCCAUUGCCACCAUGGCACAAAGCGUGGGCCACAUCAGCGGUGCACACCUGAACCCAGCUGUGACCCUGGGGCUCCUGCUCAGCUGCCAGAUCAGCAUCUUCAAGGCACUCAUGUACAUCCUUGCCCAGUGCCUGGGGGCAGUGGUGGCCACAGCUAUUCUCUCAGGAGUCACCUCGUCUCUUCCAGAUAACUCCCUGGGUCUCAAUGCA